ACAUUGAGGUUGAGGAAGAGGAGGAAGAAGAGGGGUUGGCCUUGCUGUCUCAGAGGUGGAAGAGGCAGAAGAAAAUUCGCAUUGUGGCACCUUCCUAUCUAAUGCUGGAGGAGCUGUCUCGAUGAUCUGCUGACAUCUGUCCCUCUUGGCUCUGAGGAAACAGACGGAAAUGUCCCAGACACAGGAUUACGAAUGCAGAAGUCAUCAUGUUGACGUGCCAGAGUCGAGGAUUUCAGGAUCGAGUACUAGGCUGGAGUGGGUGGAGAUCAUCGAGCCGCGCACCCGCGAGCGCAUGUACGCAAACCUGGUCACGGGCGAGUGUGUGUGGGACCCGCCAGCAGGCGUCCGCAUCAAGCGCACCAGUGAGAACCAGUGGUGGGAGCUCUUCGACCCCAACACAUCCCGCUUCUACUACUACAACGCCAGCACGCAGCGUACCGUGUGGCACCGCCCGCAAGGCUGCGACAUCAUCCCGCUGGCCAAGCUACAGACGCUGAAGCAGAACACCGAGUCCCCGCGGGCUUCAGCAGAGAACAGCCCUGGGCGUGGUAGCAGCGUCAGCCGCGAGGGCAGCACAAGCUCCUCUCUGGAGCCGGAGCCCGAUGCUGAGAAGGUGCAGGAGCCCUCCGGGAGGACUGGCCGGCAGACGGCAUUUGGGGCUGUGAAGGAGGAGAGUGACAGUUCUUCACCACCAGGAGUGUUCCUUGAGAAGGACUAUGAGAUUUACCGGGAUUACAGUGCAGAUGGCCAGCUUCUUCACUACAGCAGAACCUCCUCGCUGCGGUGGAACUCAGGCACCAAGGAGCGCAUGCUCAUCAAGGUCGCUGAUCGCGAGCCCAGCUUUCUCAGCCCCCAAGGCAAUGGUUAUUCCAUGGACAGCCAACCCGGGGGCCGCUCCCGCAGACCCUCUGGCAGCCAGCAUUCGCCCAGCCUGCAGACGUUUGCCCCUGAGACAGAUGGUACUGUCUUCUUCCCAGAGAGGAGGCCCUCGCCCUUCCUAAAAAGGGCUGAGCUCUCUGGGAGCUGCUCUCCAUUGCUGGUCCAGCCCCGAAAGCCCUCCAGUGACUCACAACCCUCCUCUCCACGCUACGGCUAUGAGCCCCCCCUCUAUGAGGAGCCCCCAGUGGAGUACCAGGCCCCCAUCUACGAUGAGCCCCCCAUGGACGUGCAGUAUGAGGCCAGUGGGGGCUACCAGGCUGGCUCACCCCAGAGGUCACCUAGCCGUAAGCCCCGCCCCUUCCUGCAGCCUUCCAAGCAGGGACCCCCCUCACCCUGCCAGCAGCUGGUGCUCACCAAGCAGAAGUGCCCGGAGCGCUUCAUGAGUCUGGAAUACAGCCCUGCGGGUAAGGAAUAUGUGCGGCAGCUAGUAUACGUCGAGCAGGCAGGCUCCAGCCCCAAAUUGCGUGCUGGCCCACGGCACAAGUACACGCCAAACCCUGGUGGUGGCUCCUACUCUCUGCAGCCCAGCCCCUGCCUGCUGAGGGACCAACGCCUAGGGAUCAAGUCCGGAGACUACAGCACCAUGGAGGGGCCUGAGCUGCGGCAUGGCCAGCCACCUACACCACUGCCUCAGGCCCAGGAGGACACUAUGUCCUGGUCUAGCCAGCAGGACACUAUGUCCUCAACAGGCUAUUCCCCAGGCACACGUAAGAGGAAGAGCAGAAAACCCUCUCUUUGCCAAGCCCCCAACGCCUCCUCCACCGACGGCCCAGGUGACCUGCUCAGCGAGCAGCCCCUAGCUGAGGAGCGGCCCCCAUGCGGGCCCAGCAUUGUUUCAAUGAAGCGUGCAGAAGGUGAGGUGGAUGGGGCACGAGGCACAGCAGAGCCCUUCCUGGCGCAAGCACGGCUGGCCUGGGAGGCACAGCAGGCACAUUUCCACAUGAAGCAGAGGAGUAGCUGGGACUCCCAGCAGGAUGGCUCGGGUUAUGAGAGUGAUGGUGCCUUACCACUGCCCAUGCCAGGGCCUGUGGUUCGCGCCUUCAGCGAGGAUGAGGCCUUAGCCCAGCAGGAGAACAAGCACUGGAAGAGGAGCACCUUUGAGAAGCUCGGCUUCCCCCAGAUCCUGCUGGAAAAAAGCGUCUCUGUGCAGACCAACCUGGCCUCACCGGAGCCUUACCUCCACCCCUCACAGUCUGAGGAUCUUGGUGCCUGUGCCCAGUUUGAAAGCAGCCGGCAGAGUCGCAGCGGAAUGCCCAGCUCCAACUGCGUCUUCCCCACCUUCACACUGCGCAAGCCCUCCUCAGAGACAGAUAUUGAGAACUGGGCCUCCAAGCACUUCAACAAGCACACCCAGGGCCUCUUCCGGCGGAAGGUGUCCAUUGCCAACAUGCUGGCUUGGAGCAGCGAGUCCAUCAAGAAGCCCAUGAUCGUGACCAGUGACCGGCAUGUGAAGAAGGAGGCCUGUGAGCUCUUUAAGCUGAUCCAGAUGUACAUGGGUGACCGGCGGGCCAAGGCAGACCCGCUGCAUGUGGCCCUGGAGAUUGCCACCAAGGGCUGGAGUGUACAAGGCCUGCGGGAUGAGCUCUACAUCCAGCUGUGCCGGCAGACCACUGAGAACUUCCGACUUGAGAGCCUGGCCCGUGGCUGGGAGCUCAUGGCCAUCUGCCUGGCCUUCUUCCCACCUACACCCAAGUUCCACUCCUACCUGGAGGGCUACAUCUACCGGCACAUGGACCCUGUCAACGACACCAAAGUGACACAGCACAUAAAAGAGCUCCUGGAAAGGAACACUAAGAAGAAGUCCAAAUUGAGAAAGAAACCCAAGCCUUAUGUUGAAGAGCCGGAUGGGGUGGCAAUAAGCACAUAUGCCAAGUACUGUUACCACAAGCUACAGAAGGCAGCCUUGACAGGGGCCAAGAAGGGGCUAAAGAAGCCCAACGUGGAAGAGAUCCGGCACGCCAAGAAUGCUGUGUUCAGCCCGUCCAUGUUUGGCAGCGCGCUGCAGGAGGUCAUGAGCAUGCAGAAGGAGCGCUACCCUGACCGGCAGCUGCCCUGGGUACAGACACGGCUCUCUGAGGAGGUGCUGGCACUCAACGGUGACCAGACAGAGGGCAUAUUCAGGGUUCCUGGGGACAUUGAUGAGGUGAAUGCCCUGAAGCUGCAGGUGGACCAGUGGAAGGUGCCUACAGGCCUGGAGGACCCCCACGUCCCUGCAUCACUGCUGAAGCUCUGGUAUCGGGAGCUGGAGGAGCCCCUGAUCCCGCACGAGUUCUACGAGCAGUGCAUCGCGCACUAUGACAGCCCUGAGGCUGCGGUGGCUGUGGUGCACGCGCUGCCCCGCAUCAACCGCAUGGUGCUCUGCUACCUCAUCCGCUUCCUCCAGGUGUUCGUGCAGCCAGCCAACGUGGCCAUCACCAAGAUGGACGUCAGCAACUUAGCCAUGGUGAUGGCGCCCAACUGCCUACGCUGCCAGUCCGACGACCCACGCGUCAUCUUCGAGAAUACCCGCAAGGAGAUGUCCUUUCUGCGCGUGCUCAUCCAGCAUCUGGACACCAGCUUCAUGGAAGGCGUGCUAUAGCACGCGGGCGCCCAAGGACCCACAGGCGGGGACAGACCGGGAGCGCGGGUGCACCCGGCAGUGGGGGAAGCACGCAGGGAGGGGGGAGGGAAC